CCCCCUGACCAUGGCUGUCCAGCUGGAGUACUCCGUCGAAGUGAUCAAAGCCCUGAAGAAUGGCGGCGCUCACCUGGACUUCCGGACGCGGGAGGGGAUGACGGCGCUCCACAAAGCUGUCCGGUGCCGAAAUCACACUGCCCUGAUGACGUUGUUAGACCUGGGGGCCUCCACCGAUUACAAGGACAGCCGCGGCUUAACGCCUCUGUACCACAGUGCCAUGGUUGGAGGGGACCCCUACUGCUGCGAGUUGCUGCUGCACGACUACGCCAAGGUGGGCUGCAUGGACGAAAACGGCUGGCAAGAAAUCCACCAGGCCUGCCGCUAUGGACAUGUCCAACACCUGGAGCACCUUCUGUUCUAUGGGGCUGACAUGACGGCACAGAAUGCCUCGGGAAACACUGCCCUCCACGUCUGUGCGCUCUACAACCAGGAGAGCUGUGCCCGGGUUCUUCUGUUCCGCGGUGCAAGUAAAGAGAUCCGGAACUACAACAGCCAGACGGCAUUCCAGGUGGCCAUCAUUGCGGGGAAUUUUGAACUGGCUGAAAUCAUCAAAACCCACAAAGAGUCCGAUGUUGUGCCUUUUAGAGAGACCCCCAGCUACACGAAGAGGAGACGGCUCAUUGCGGUGGGAAGCCUCUCCUCCCCCCACUUGUUGCAGCGGUCCGUGAGCGACAACAACUUGAAGUCCGAGAGCCGCCCGUCCUACUCGCCAGUGCCCUCCCUCCGCAGCCUGCCCCAACAGCUGCUGGCUCAGAUGCAGGAAGCCGCUGUCGGGGUGGGAGACCGCGGCCUGGUGGGCACGGCCGGCUCCCGGAGUGCCCACAGCCGCUCCCCUUCGCUGCAGCGCGUGCGGGGGGAGAAGGAGGCUGACCCACACACGCUCAGGAGAAGCAGCCGCGGCAAGGCCAGCCCCAGCGGGGCCCAGGGUCCCGGUCCGGAGCGCGGCCCUCCUCCUCCCCCUGCUCCAGCCUCGUCGUCGGCGGCUCCUUCGGUGUCUUCGCUGCCCAGGGGCCCGAAGCGGAAGUUGUACAGCGCGGUUCCCGGGCGGAGGUUCAUCGCCGUCAAGAGCCACGCGCCCCUCGGCGAAGGCGAGAUCCAGCUCAACCGCGGAGAAGCCGUCAAAGUGCUGAGCAUUGGAGAAGGAGGCUUUUGGGAAGGAACUGUGAAAGGACGGACUGGCUGGUUCCCCGCAGAAUGUGUCGAGGAGGUGCAGAUGCGGCAGUACGACCCACGGCAAGAAACCAGAGAAGACAGGACCAAGAGACUCUUCCGGCAUUACACUGUGGGCUCCUAUGACAACUUCACUUCUCACAGUGACUACAUCAUCGAGGAGAAGGCAGCCGUCCUCCAGAAGCGGGAGCAUGAGGGCUUCGGCUUCGUCCUCCGAGGGGCCAAAGCGGAAACUCCAAUCGAGGAGUUCACCCCAACGCCAGCCUUCCCUGCGCUCCAGUACUUGGAAUCCGUGGACGUGGAAGGCGUGGCGUGGAGAGCGGGGCUGCGCACCGGAGACUUCCUGAUUGAGGUGAACGGUGUGAAUGUGGUCAAGGUGGGCCACAAGCAAGUGGUGUCACUCAUCCGCCAGGGAGGGAACCACCUGGUGAUGAAAGUGGUCUCUGUCAGUCGCAAGCCAGAGUCAGAGGACGUUGUUCGGAAAAAAGCCCCGCCGCCCCCCAAGAGGGCCCCCAGCACGACGCUGACGUUGCGCUCAAAGUCAAUGACCGCUGAAUUGGAGGAGUUGGCCUCGAUGCGGAGGAGGAAAGGGGAGAAGCUGGAUGAGAUCUUGGCAGCUGCUGAGCCUUCAUUGAGAGCUGACAUUGUUGAAGCAGAUUCCAGGGCAGCCACGGUGAAGCAGAGACCAACCAGCCGAAGAAUCACCCCUGCAGAGAUCAGUUCACUGUUUGAGCGGCAGGGGAUGGCAGCGCAUGGUGGGCCAGAGAAACCUCAUGUCUCCCUACGCAAAGGAAUCCCACGGACAAAAUCUGUAGGUGAAGAUGAGAAAUUUGCUGCUUCCUUCAUGGAUGGGAAAUUUCCCCGGAGUACGUCAAUGCAAGACACAGUCAGAGAAGGGCAUGGCAUCCCACCCCCACCCCAAACCGCUCCUCCCCCUCCCCCUUCCCCCUAUUAUUUUGACACGGCCCCACCCCCAUCCUUCUCCCCCCCUCCACCCCCCGGAAGAGUCUACGAUACAAUACGGUCCAGCUUUAAGCCAGGCUUAGAGGCCAAACUCCACGGUCUGCCCCAAGUGAUAAGUGCGGCCGAGAUGUAUGACCAAGCAAGGACUUCCAUCCCAUACCCAGAAAGGCAGAAGCGGGCACGCUCCAUGAUCAUCCUGCAGGACUCCUCCCACAUCCCCGUAGAGCCCACCGACAUCCCCCGCCCGGGCCCCUCCGCCACACCUCCCGAGAAGCUGAAGCGCAAGGGGCGCAUGGUGGACAACCCCUAUGCCAACAUGGGCCAGUUCAACGUCAGCCUCUUCGCCCCCACCAAGCCGCAGAGGAAGAAGAGUCCCCUGGUGAAGCAGCUGCAGGUGGAGGACGCCCAGGAGCGUGCGGCCCUCUCUAUUGCAGGGGGCUUCACGCGGGAGCCCUCUCCCACCCGGCGUGGCCACCGCCUGAGCAGGAUGGAGUACCAGCCCCAGCAGGUGGACACGGCCAGCCUCCCCUUCGCAACGGCCAUUGCUGGGGUGAUGAAGGACAGAGACCGUCGCCUGGAUGAAAAGCGGAAAUCCACUGUCUUCCUCUCCGUGGGGGCCAUCGAAGGGAGCCCCCCCACCAUAGAAAUGCCAUCUCUACAGCAGUCGCGGUCCAUCGACGAACGGCUGCUGGGGAGCCGGGAUGUGCUUCUGCCUUCGCCCGUCUCAGCUUUAAAGCCAUUAAUAAGUAGUUCCUCCUCCACCUUCAUCCACCCCCUCACAGGGAAACCCUUGGACCCCAAUUCGCCACUGGCGCUUGCGCUGGCCGCAAGGGAGCGGGCGCUUUCCACCCAGGUCCCCUCCAGAGUGCCCACUCCCAUCCACAGCCCAGACUCAGACCGUGCGGCACCCCUGUUUGUGGACAUCCAAACCAAAGAACAAGAGAGGGGGGAGCUGGAGGGCCUGGUGUCGCCUGCGUACUCUCCCGGAGCCAAGGCGCCAACACCGGGUACCUUGACCCCAACGCAGAGCCACUGGGGGACACCGACAACUGUGAGGAAAGAGGGGGAGGCGCGACCCGAGACGCCCACCAAGGAGGAGAAGAAAGCAGAAGAGAGGAAGUCGAUGAUCAUCAGCAUAGUGGACACCUCGCAGCAGAAGACAGCUGGGCUCAUCAUGGUGCAUGCGACCAGCAACGGCCAAGACUUGGGACUGGACAGGAAGGAGGAGAAGGUGCCUGUCCCUGAGGCAGGCCUUGAGCCAGGGGAGCUGUCCGCGGUGGAGGCCCAGCCCAGUCCGGUGGGGAAGGCCCCCGUCAGCCCAGCCUCUGACAAAACCCUAGGGCAAGGUAGCUCAGAAGAGGAAGUGGAGCCGUACACGGUGACACUGCCCCCGGCUCAGCUGUCUUCAAGUGAUGAAGAAACGCGGGAAGAGCUGGCCAAGAUUGGUCUGGUGCCUCCCCCGGAUGAGUUUGCAAACGGGGUCCUGGUCACCACCCCAGGCACACCUAUCAGCCAACUGGCUGCUCCAGCAGUUGCCACGCCAUCCAUGCCAGUGGCAGCAGUAGCACCUUCUACCACUGGUGGAACACCCUCAGGGAAGCCCUCUGAUGCCCCCACAGCCCCUGAGUCUGCCGCAGACUCAGGGGUGGAAGAGGUGGACACCAGGAGUUCAAGUGACCACCACCUGGAGACCACAAGCACCAUCUCCACCGUCUCCAGCAUGUCCACAUUGUCCUCUGAGAGUGGGGAGCCCACUGACACGUACACUUCCUUUGCGGACGGACAAACUUUUAUACUAGAGAAGCCGCCAGUGCCUCCAAAGCCAAAACUCAAGUCCCAGCUCAGCAAGGGGCCGGUUACCUUCAGGGACCCUCUUUUGAAGCAGUCUUCGGACAGCGAGCUCAUCUCCCAGCAACAUGCGGCCAUUCUGGCUUCUGCCAGCGUCGGCCGGCCACGCUACCUCUUUCAGCGAAGGUCCAAGCUGUGGGGGGACCCCCUGGACAGCAGGCCAAUCCACGGGGCUGAGGAUGACAAACCAACUGUGAUCAGCGAGCUGAGUUCCCGGCUGCAGCAGCUGAACAAGGACACGCGGUCCCUGGGGGAAGAGCCCGCUGGGAGCGCGUUAGACCCAGGGAAGAAAUCACCAGUGGUUGCAGCACGACUUUUCAGUAGUUUAGGAGAACUGAGUACCAUUUCCCAGCGCAGCUCGGGCACCACGUAUACCAUCCGGCCCGGCAGCCGCUACCCUGUGACCCGACGCACUCCCAGUCCGGUGAAGCCCGCCCUGGACAGGACAGACCCGCUGAGCAGCGUCCGGCCCUAUGGGCUCACCCCACCCACCAUCCUCAAAUCUUCCAGCCUCUCUAUCCCACAUGAACCCAAGGAGGUGCGCUUCGUGGUGAGGAGCGUGAGCGCCCGGAGCCGGUCCCCGUCCCCCUCUCCUUCUCCGGGGCCCCCGCUGCACGCCCUCCAUCCGCCGCGGCCCUUCAUGCAGAAGCCCCUUCACCUGUGGAACAAGUAUGAUGUGGGGGACUGGCUGGAAAGCAUCAACCUGGUGGAGCAUCGAGACAAGUUUGAGGACAAUGAAAUCGAGGGGACCCACUUGCCGGCCCUGACUAAGGAGGAUUUUGUAGAGCUGGGGGUGACGCGGGUCGGGCACCGCAUGAACAUUGAGCGGGCACUCAAACAGCUGGUAGAUAGCUGACCAUCCCAGCUGGUGCUGGCCUCCUCCUCGCAGGGGCCAGACGGGACAUUUCUACUAGACGAGUAAACAGGAACCCGUGGGAUUCUCUUUCUAUUCUACUCUGACCACUGCACUGAAGGGCGGGGAGCUGGCAAGUACCUACUCUCUCUCCCCCAUCUCUCUCUCAAUCUCUCUCACACGCACAUGGGAGGCCAAAAAUGCCGCAUGGAAAUGCACCCCUCAACCCACCCCAGAGUGGAGUGGGGGGACUGGUCUUUCUAUCACCUGGCGUGCCCUUCCCCAAGAGAGUCACUGCGGGACAGGUGCUUCUGGGGAACGGGAGAGGGUGCCCCAUUAUCGGGGGACACCUCUUGAAUGGGUUGUAUGUGUAUGGGCGCAGGUGGCAGGCAGGUGGCACUAAAGAGGAAGGGCCUUUCUGGGUUGGAUGGAGACCAGUCAGUUUUGGUUGCUGGGGAUGGGGGAAAAACAAGAGGAAACAGAGGGGAGCACAUCGGUUAACAGCAGUGUUUGUGCUUUGUGGCUCUGGUAUGCCAGUUGGCUUGCACAGAAGGUAAAACGCACAUCCUUAGAAAGGGUCUGAAUGGGCCCAGUGGGCCAAAGACUUCAGCCUGGGUGUGCCUUCUGCAGAUAGUUGUGAAGAGGGAGAAGCAGGCUCUGACUGGCAAUGGCCACGAAGGUCAGAAGGGCCCUGGUACCUUGGCUGGGCAGCACCUUCCAGGAUGCUGGGGAGAGGAGUGGCGCAAUACCAGAAUGCAUGUAAUGGCUGUCUUGCUGGCGAAGCAGAAAAGGAAAGACAAAUCAGAAAAGGGCUGGCCUGCCCACCCCUAACUCAUGCACACAGACACAGACACACAACCAGUAUCUCUAAGUCCUGCCCCAACAGAACCAUCUCAUUGGGAGGAAGGCUGGAAGACUGAUAUGGACUGGGAUGGGGGUUGAGGGUGCGAGAGAAAGAGAGAGAGAGAGAGACCACAUACACAAAGAGAAGGACCUGCCUUUUGGAAGACUGUGUUCCUUGGCCCUGGUGAGAGAGGGCUGAAGUCGCAUGGAUAGAAGCAUGUUUGGGGGCAUCCAAGGGGGCAAGCGGAGAACCCAGCCGCUUCCGCUUUGCCAACAUUCAUGGGGAGGGGGGAGGUCGCAUUUUCUUGGGGGUCAUGGGACGCAUUUGAAAGAGUCUCUAUAAAUCUCUGUGCAUUUCUGUAGGUUUGGCAGUCCUAUUGAGAAGGAUGCCAACGCCAGGAUCCCGCCCACUCUAUCCUAGUCACUCAUUUUUGCAUCUUUUUAAUCAGCUAUAUAUUUGAAAAGGAAGAAAAAAACAAACAAAUAUCUAUAUAUCUAUAUCUAUAGCCACAUUGUUUUGUUAUGGUUUACUAAAGCUAUAUCUGGCUAGAGGGAAAGUGGGGGGGCUUGCUCCCCCCUUCCUGCAAAGCUUGUGGGAGUUUUUAGUGACUGAAUGAAUGUGAGAGAAACAAAAGAAAAAAUAGUCUUUUUAAACUCCUUUCAGAUGCUCUGAAUUUUACAGAUUUGGGGGGUGGGGAGGGGAGGGGGGAACCAAAAGACAACCUUGCACUUGGUUUUGGGGACACACCAAGUCUUCCAUCCUUGCUGGGCAGAGCUGCGGGACAGACCCUGGCCAGAGCUUCCCUUGCCUUAGCCCCAUCUCUUGCCUCCCUUCCUGGGGUCCGGUGGGGUGGGGUGGGGUGGGGUGGGAGCCAGGGAAGGGGGCAGGACGGCCCCUUUGCAUCUACUGUAGUCUUUCCAAGUGCCAGGAAUGCCCAUGUUGCCAAGACAAAAGUAGGGGGAAGCCCCACUGGGGAAGCUGGAAGAAGGCAGAGGAAGCCCAAACCCCUUUCCAGGACCCAGGCCCUGGGGCAAGCAGGAAAAGGAAGGAGACCUGCUCUGAACUGGGGUCAGGUAGUGUCCCUCAAAGGGCAUUUCCGUGGGGUGGGGGUGGACCGAAACACCUACCGGUACUUGACAGCCAUCUGGGGACUGCAGCAAAUAAAACCCUAUGCUGCUCAUCUCCACCUGACAAAUGCCUCAGCUGGUAGAUGGACACAGAUAAAAUGAGGGGCCCAUGCACUCUGUCAGACCUCCAUUGUGGACUUUGCUUCCUUUAUACCCCUGGUCUGUUCCUCAGGACACAGCCAGAAGUUCAAGGAGAUGCCAGCCACUCCAGAAAGAAGGACCCAGAAAGACAUGGGCAGCCUUGACCAAGCCUGCUCGGAGUCUGGAAGGGAAACAUCAUCACAGUUUUCUCUGCCAGAACAUCUGGUUGCAUGCUUCUGAGCCUGCCUGCCCUACAAGGCACCCAGGAGGACUUUAGGGAGGGAGUGGAGGAUGAAGGUGUAAGAGAGAGGGAUGGGCACAGGCCUCCUCCCCAGCUUAGGGCCAGGCUUCUGGCUUUGCCUGUGGAUGCUGAGGUCUGCCUCUGCAACAACCCACUGGACUGCGUUGUUCCCUUCAACAAACUGUCCCAUCCGCGCAAGAAAUGUUCUGCCCCUAAAGUGGGUUGGUGUGGAGCAGUGUGCCCCAAAGUGCAUUUCCUCAGAAAAGGUAUUAAUUCUUCUGGUGCUAGAGGGGCGGAAGAGGGAAAUCCUCACUCGCCCUCACACAUCUCUUAACCUUUCCAAGCUUAUUCCAAUGCAGGGAGGGGGAAGUGGCAGGUUGUCAGCCCAAGGAUGCACAAAGACACAGCAUACACCACCAUCACCACCCCCAAAACUAUUCUUGUUGAAUGGAUCUUGCUGGGAGAUGGUGGGGGUGCUUUGCCAAGUUUCCUUCCCGUAGGCAGGGCUGAUGGAGGGACGGAGGGGCUGGUCACUAACCGUCCAAAAUCAACCCAGGCAGCGUAAACACUCCAGCAAAAGAUUUGCAGCCACCUCAAGGAGGGUUGCUAAUUUCUGACCACACUUGGGUUGUGAGGCUAUCUGUGUCUGCACCCCAGGAAAAAGUGCAACAGGUACUUUAUACCUGCUUGGGCUUCUGUGCCAUCACCCCAUUGAAAGCAAUGAAACCUUUUUUGAGCCCAACCUACUCAGUCCACUUUUUAAACAGCAUGUCUGAAAACAGUGAAAGUAAUAUAUGCUGCCAUCAUUCCAAGCUUAUUCAUACACUACAAUCUAGUUAAAAACCCUAUACAGUAGACACUCAAAAUGCCACAACAGUCUUUCUCACCCUGGUGUCCUCCAAAUAUGUUGGGCCACAAGUCCCAUCUUCUCCAACCAUGGCAGCAGCUUAAGGAGUGCUGCCUCAUUCCACCACCUUAAACUCUGUAUGUCUUGCCUCACCACUUAAUAUCCAGUAUUAAUAUAUUUAUAGCACAGUCCUCUGUAUGUGUACUUGCAGAUAGGUAUGACUCUGUUUGCUAUGGCUUACUCCCUUGCCAUUCUCCAUUUUCAGACAGCAGACAGGCCUACUGUAAAGCCAAAUCCCAUAUUGUCCAAUGUCAGGGGUGCUGACAUCAACCUCGAGAGCAUCCUUUUACACCUAAUAUCCCCCCAAUGUGCUGGUAGCAACCCUCCAGCCUUUGCCACUCAGGCUCUGUCCUCAUGACCACAAUCCACAAUGUGCAUGAAACACACUAACCCCUAAAACAGGCUUAAUGCUAUCAGAUUAAAACCCUACUUUGCACUCUCCCUGAAGCUUCCAGAAAUAAAAAUGUUCUGCCUUUCAUUUAGGAUUGCUUCCAAGCAAUUACAUAGGCAAGAGUAGGCCCACCCAAAGGCUCUGGUCUACUCUUAACACACAACCAACCUCAUGUUUUGAGAUUGCUGAAACCAGAAACAAAAAUGACCACAUUAUCUAUAGAGAGCAAUGGUAUGUGCACCCCAACCCAACACGCCAUAACCAACCCCGUGGGUAGGAUGGGCAUGUUUUACUUUUAGCAACCUAGAUUGGCAUUCCUUUUAGCAAGGAAGGAAUUGCUUCUCUUUGCAGCCUACCUACCGCUCUGCAGCACGCUAGCCUUCCUCCUCAGCAGCGUCGUACUGGCCCACAACCACCCUCCCUCCUGGACCCCUUCUUGCCCCUGAGAGUGGUUGGAGUCUUGUUGGUUGGCUAUCAGCCUGAGUGCAGGCUCUUUUGAAGGCCCACACUGUCGUGGGCUCAGUGUCUCUGUCCCUUCUGCAGCUGUUUCUGGGACAAUGUGAGGAGACUUUGCCUGCACCCGCUGCCUCCUCUGGAUGGAGGCUUGAAGACUGCAGACUGUAACUUAUCUGCAGGAAGUUCACUUCAGGACUAGGAAAAGCUGGAUGCCUUCUUCUUUCCUCUGGAAAGCCCUCUGCUGCCCUGGUGCUCUUUCUUUCUUCUUGGGAGGGCUGGAGAGCGGCAAUGAACCCUUAUUUCUGCUGCUCCUCCUCGCGAAGGCCGGCUGAGCCCCCUUGGCAUGGGGCAGGGCCACUCAGCUUCUAGCUACUAAGCAGCUGCAGCCGUAACUGUGUUUGCAAACACUGGGUGAUACCCUGCGGCGCCAAGAUGUCGGCCGCAGGGACACCACGGCUAAGUCCUGGUCAGGCAUAGCACACAAAAAGGAAAGAAACCUCCAACCAGACCAAGUUGAAGUUGGAAGCACUGAUGGAAAGAAUAGUGGUAAUUGUUUAUGCUUAGGUUGAAAAAAGAGUUUCCCGUCAGUCAGGAACCCCCAUCUGGAAGAAUAAUAGACCAGCAACAAUUCUGUACAAUCUUCUCUUAUUAUUCGACAUCUCAAAGUGUUGCUUAGGAUUUUUCUGCAGGGGGAAAUGAGUUUUCCGUGCAAGAGAAAAGAAAAAACAUCCAGGUGGGAAUCUUGUAGGGAGGUUAUGUCUUCAUAAGUGCCACACACUGAUACACAUUGGUCUUCAUGUGCAUCAGGCAUUCUUACAGGUGUCCAGUGUGCAUCUUUGCAGUUCACUAGCAAGAUUUCUCAGUACCUCUGCUAUGGAGCUAAAUAGACACAAAGUUAUGUAAGUAAAUGGAAUAUAAGAUUCUGGAACCUUUUUUAUCCAGAAAAUAGACUUCCUAUGCAGAAAACCUGUUUUCUCUGCCAAAAAACCCCACCUGUUUUUCUCACCAAAUAAUUCCUACUCAAUGAGAGAUUGUAAUAGCAGGAGAAUCAUGCGGAGAAAUACUUGCUUUUCCCUUUUGCCCCGGCUGGGCAAAAACUUAAUUGUCCAUCCUCACAUCCAACAAGAAAACAAUUCAAUUACAUCCCUAGUAGGAACCCUGCCUAAAUCUCUCUGAAACUGGUCCAUUUUCUGUAAUUGCUCUCUACUCUUUUGUAAACCAUUUAUUACAAAAUGUAAAGCAUCUUCAGUGUGGAAUGAGAGAAUGUUGGUGCAUAAAUGGGGUAAAGAAAAAUACAGAGCAACUUGAGGUCAGAACCACUGAAUUCAGAGCUGGAUGAGACAUUAAGAUUCAAGAGGAAUCCAUGUCCAAAUCCCCCCACCCCCAGAUGCCAAAGACCCCAAAUCCAGAUGCAUGUUUGCCAAAUCUUAUGGCAUUUUGGAGAACUUCACAAUUUCUCUUUGGAGAUAUCCAUAAAAUCUCUCCUUUGGCCAAUUUAAUUCCUUUGAAACUAGCUUUGGCUGCUUCAAUUCCCAAACCAGGCCUGGAGUAAACCCUAGUAAACUUAGUGGGAUUACCAUUUUAGGAAACACACUUGGGACUCUGCAGUUUAGCAUUAUAAUUCCAGCACUGACAGUACUAUCUCAAUUCAAAGAUAUAGCCGUGUUAAUCUAUAGAAUCAGUACGUAGAAAGAACUUGUAGCACCUUUGAGACUAACUGAAAGAAAGAAAUUGGCAGCAUGAGCUUCCUUAGACUUCAGCCUGCUUCCUCAGAUGCAUUAAAAUUAAAAUUAAAUUAAAAUGCAUCUGAGGAAGUAACCUGAAGCCUACGAAAGCCCAUGCUUAAAAUUCAUUUCUUUCAGUUAGUCUCAAAGGUGCGACAAGAUCUCUUUACAUAACAUUGACUAAAGAUUGUCCAAAAAAUGAUCCACUCAGCUCUUCACUUAGGCCUUAUCUAAUCGUUUUAUUUACAAGGUUAAAGAGGGCAUUUUCUUCUCUUUAGGGUAACACAAUUACAAAUAUUUUUGCUAACUGAUUAAAUUCAUCACCUAAUACCCCAUCACUUACCUAAUAAAUAGAUGUUCUAAUCAAUUAAACCCAAGCAUUCCUUUUCCCCUAACAAUGCAAACAAAAGUCUGGCCAGCAAGGGCCUAAAUAACGCAGUUGUUUGUAAUUUUAUAGUAAGACAGACUUGGCAUCCUAUUGCCAAGUGUUCAGCAUGGUACAGGGGACCAGACCAAUCAAAAGGACCCUCCUUGUCAUGUUUUAAUCCAAGUGAGAAGUCUUGGAAGUAGCACCCUCCCGGCAGGCUCUAGAAAGAACGGGAAAGGAGGCAAGGAUCUAGUUACUUGAUGGGACGCCUUUUAAAAGGUUCAGCAAGCAUACCCUCAAAGAAAGGGCCAGGGAAAACAGAGGCAGCAGCAGCAGCUCCCUUGGAAGGAAAAGUGAUUUCCCAGGCUCUGCUUAAAGACCUGCCAGACAUGCUCCAAUUUCAAAACGAAAUCCUUGCCUGUCUGCAGAAGAAGCAAUGGCUGAGGCAGAGCCUUCUACUUAGGAAUAGAAAAGUGAUUGACCGAGUGUCAGUUUUGCUCAGUGGCUUGGAAUCUCCUGUUUUGGCCCUGAAGGGAUAAUAAGGUGGGAGAAGGGGAAAGUGGUCUCUCCUGCCAUCCAGUUUGCCCACUGACUUAACAGGCUUUGUCUUGAGUUCUAAACCGGAUGCUUCUUGCUUCAUAGCCUUGCAGACACUUUGGUAGCCCACUCCCAGGGCUCUGCCCA